CGCUACAACCAGGAAAAGUUUUCUUCUAAAUAUGACAAAGAAAAGAACGAUGUUACACAGUUCCUUUCUGCUAAAAAUAUCAUUCAUACGAUCGUCAAACUGUUAUUCGGUAGCACUGACGAAAGUUCGGCCACUGCGCGGCAAGUCUUGAAUAUUCUGAGGAGUUUGCUUGAUAUGAUGCAGGCAACUUUCAGUCAGCGGGCUCGCUCUACAAGUGCACGGGGUUUGCAAGGAGCAGUGGGGGACGUAGGAUUAGCUGGAGCGACAAUGUUGCAGGGCUACAUAAAGUCCAUACUGACCAAAGACGAACAGUGCAUGCAAAGAUAUCUUUGCGAAGCAAGCAAAAAAGCGGUCAAUGAAAGCAAAGACCUUGGCUACUUAGUGGCCGAAUUUGGAGGCUAUGCUGUUAGUUAUGCUUUGGAAACCCAGAAAGCGACGCCAUUUCAAGAGAGUUACAAUGCCUCCAGAAGAGGACGCAGCGGAGAUGAUUGUUUUGCCAUAUACCAAGACUGCAGCGAAGAAGAUUGA